AUGGAAAACUUAAAAACUAAUCUAUCAAAGAAAAUAAAAAGAUCUUUAAAAAUAAAAGGAAAACGUACCCAAAUUCCUAAUGUUAUUGAUUUAAAAGAUAAUAUAAAUGGUAAUAAUCCUUUGACAGAAACUUUUAAUAAUAACUUAAUUGCUUUUGUAAAAAAUACUUGUGAAAUUGGGGUUGUAAAUAUUAUAAAAGAAUUUCAUGAACUUCAAUUAUAUGAAAAGAAACAUAUAAAAAAUCACAAAGCUUUUGAUUCAAAUAGUAGUAAAUGUAGAUAUAAAGAUAUUUUAUGUUAUGAUGAUUCACGUGUUAUAUUACAAUGUAAAUCAAAUCGUUUUGUAGAAAAUGAUUUUAUACAUGCAAAUUAUAUGAAUUCUAAAAAAGAAAAUCUUUCUUGUGUAUGUACUCAGGGACCAUUACAAAAUACUAUUUAUGAUUUUUGGAUAAUGAUUUGGCAACUAAAAUCUCGUUCAAUUAUAAUGUUAUGUGAAAUUUUUGAAUGUGGAAAAAAAAAGUGUGAACAAUAUUGGCCAUUAAAUUCAAAUGAAAAUAUUAAAAUUAACAAUUUAACUAUUGUUUUUUUAGGAAAACAUUUUGUUUAUAAAAAUAUUGUAAAAACUUACCUUCGAAUUAUAAUAGAUGGAAAAGAAAGAAUUAUUUUUCAUUAUCAAUAUUUGGAUUGGCCAGAUCGUGGCGUACCUUCAAAUUAUCUUCUAUGUUUAAAUUUAAUAAGAUUGGCAACAAAAACUCGUCCUGUUGUUAUUCAUUGUAGUGCUGGUAUUGGUAGAACAGGAACAAUUGUUUGUUUAGAUGAUAUGAUAUCAAAAUUAUCCACAUCAGAAAAAUGUUUACGUAUAAAGCAUAUUUUACUUGAAAAAAGAGAAUUUAGGUAUGGAAUUGUACAGACAGAAAUUCAAUAUUUAUUUUUACAUAGAGUUUUAAUUUCAUUAGCUUUAGACAAAAAAAUUAUUUCUGAAGAAGAAGUUGCUCAAUUUAUUCAACAAUAUGAUGCAGUUUUAAAUAAAAUAAUUGAUCCAUUACCUAUCAAAAAAAUUGAACAAGAAGAAGAAGUAACUAAGAAAGCAAAUAUAAAACAACAUGGGUUAUUAAAAUUAAAAUUAGGAGAGACAAAAAAAAUAGAAAAUGAUUCAUUGACAAAGACACAAAUUUCUUUAGAGACAUUUUCAAAACCUAUUGAUAAAACUCAAGGUGAUGAACUUAUUAGACGUAAUGAAUAUUUAAAAACUUAUAUUACUCAAAAAAAGAAGAAGGAAAAAAAGAAAAUUGUCAAAACAGACACAAAUUCUGAUACAACCAUUGCGACUACAUGA